AUGGAUGAUUAUCUAAAAGAAACAUCAGCAAACAAUUUUUCGUUUAGUUCACAAGAAAUUCGAAAAUUCGUAAAUGGUAUAUUGAAUUUAAAAGUAACUGACAAUGAUAAAAAACAAGAAAAAGUUUUUGAUCAAACACACAUUAAUCAACUUUUAUUAUCAUCUGCUACUCGUAUUAAAGAUGAACCAAUACAUGAAACGAACACGUUCGAAGAUUUUCCAAGUACAAAAGUAUCAACAAAAUAUAAAUCAGUUUCAAUUUAG